AUGGCGUCUAAGAUUGUUGCUCCGUUCGGUACUUGGGAAAGUGAAAUCAACACUGAACUUUUUUCUAAAGGAAACUGUAAAGCUAUAACUGAACAGCUUCCUGGGCAUGGUGGUUUCUACUGGAUUGAACAGAGCUUGUCAGGAAAAAGAGAAUUGUAUUUCAAAACUCUUACAGAACCAGCUGUUCGUUGGGCUCCCAAUCAAUCAGUUCAGAAUUCCGUUCAUGAAUACGGAGGUGGAAGUUUUGCUUUGACCAGGGAAGGAGGAGUUAUCUAUUCCACAAACGAAGGUGUAUAUGAGCAAUCGGAAGCUACCGCCACUCCUAUUCUUCUGGCAUGUGGUGAAGGAGGAACGAAGAGAUUUGCUGACUUCGAUGUCUUCAAAAACUUCAUUUACUGUGUUUGCGAGGUCCACACGAAGGAUGAGGUUGAAAACAAGUUAGUCGUCAUUGAUCGGUUCAGCAAAAGACAAACAACUUUCGCAUGUGGUGCGGAUUUCUAUGCAAAUCCUCGCGUCAACAAAAAAGGUACAAAAAUCGUUUGGAUGGAAUGGAACCAUAACAACAUGCCGUGGGAUGAGACAAUAAUCAAAGUAGCCAAUGUUUCUGAAGAGGGUAAUGUUUCCUCGGAAGAAGUUUUCCGUUCAGGUGUGGGAGAGAACAUCAACUAUCAAGGACCACAGUGGGUUGGAGAUGAAAUAUACUUGAGUCAUGAUGCCUCGGGUUAUUGGAACAUCUAUAACACAAACUUCUUCACAAAAGAAAGAGAGGAAUCAAACAUGUUCUAUAUACACAAAGAUAUUGGACUUCCCCUCUGGCAAUUUGGUGAUCGUCGUUUUUCCAGCAAUGGGACAACCAUGGUUUUCUUCAUGGACCAAAAUAUAUAUCUUCAACGUGGGGAGGCAAUCAUUGAUCUCGAGACGGAAGGGUACAACACUUUCUCGCACGUUAGCUUGAUUGAUAAUAACAUGAUGUGCUGUAUUGCUUCUGGCCCAGCAAAACCAUCGACUCUUUUGAGAGUCAACUUCACGAGAAGACCUAUUCUAACCGACGUUAUCAGAACUUCUGUGGACGACGGUUUGAUCAAUCCAGAAGAUAUCUCGCUUCCUAAAACCAUCAAAUUCAAAUCUGAUGGCUUCGAUGUCACUGGCUAUUUCUACGCUCCUACUAAUUCCAAGUAUACUGGAGAGGAGGGUGUUUUGCCUCCUGUGAUUCUACUGGGUCAUGGAGGACCGACAGCAGCUGCGAAUCAGGGAAUUGAUUUGAGGAAACAAUAUUUCACAAGUCGCGGAUUUGCAAUCUAUGAUGUAAACUAUCGCGGAUCAACUGGCGACGGUUCUCAAUUCCGCAAUAGUCUGAAAUCAAAAUGGGGCGUUGUGGACAGAGACGAUAUGAUUCUUGCGGCUCAAAUGCUAGUUGAGAAGAAAUUAGUCAAUCCCGAUCAAGUCUGUAUCAAGGGAAGCUCUGCUGGAGGUUAUUUGUUGUUGAGUUGCAUUCAACACUCGGAUGUUUUCAAAGCUGCUGUUUCUCUUUAUGGCGUAGCCGAUCUUAUUGGACUAGUGAAGGACACUCAUAAGUUCGAGAAAGGUUAUAAUAUUACUUUGUUAGGAAAAUUCCCUGAAGAGAUUAAAACCUAUGAGGAAAGAAGUCCGAUUAACCACAUCGACAAAAUCCAGUGUCCUAUUGCUUUCAUGCAUGGAAAAGAGGAUACUGUCGUCCCUGUUAGUCAAAGUGUUGAAAUGUAUGAAAAACUGAAAGCGAGAGGAGUCACUACAGCCCUGAUGUUGUUUGAGAAUGAAGGACACGGCUUCAGAGGAGUGGACGCUAUGAAAGACAGCGUAGAAGGAACUUAUUAUUUCCUUUGCAAAGCCAUUGGAAUCGAGCCAACAGGAACAUCGAAGAUGGAAAUUGUGAACUUGAAGUAA